GCGCAGGCGCGGGCCGCUACUUAGCGGCGGCAGGAACCUCCCCUUUUCUGAAGAGGAGCCCAAAAGAAAGACUGGUUAUCUCUUACAGAUCCCAAAACCAUGGCUCAGGGUGUGACAUGACUAAACCUGAUGUGAUCCUCAGAUUGGAACGAGGGGAAGAGCCUUGGACACCAUUUGCAGGUCAUGCCUGCUUAGAAGAAAACUGGAAAUCUGAAGGCUUUUUAAUGAAAUUCAAGGAGCACCAAGAUAAAUACUCCAGUUCAUUGGUAUACAUUAGCCACAAAAAAAUGACUAACGAGAAGAGUAAUAUAUAUGAAAAGACAUUUACUCUAGUGAAAAAGCCUGUUACCUCAAAAGAUCUACCCCCUGAAUAUGAUACUCACAGAAAGAUUUUAGAAAAUGUUUCAAAAUUAAUCAAUAGGCAUCUCAGCCCUGCAGAAAAGAGGCUUAGUGAGUAUAAUGGAUAUAAGAAAUCAUGCCCAAAUAGAAUGCAAGAUAUGACACAUCUUGAAGUCAAAUCCCACAAUCCAAGUGGCAAGACUUUCAGUCACAAUGAUAUGCUUAUACAGCAUGAGAAGAUGGUAACUCCACCACAGUCAUUUGUGUAUGAUGAUUGUGAGAAAGCACUGCUUAGAAAAGGAAGCUUACUUACACAAACUAGAACAUACAGACCGUCUGUAUAUAAUAAAAAGAGAAAAGCAACAAAUACUGAAAAAAAACAUACAUGCACUGAAUGUGGAAAAUCAUUCUGCAGGAAGUCAGUAUUGAUUCUGCAUCAGGGAAUUCAUACAGAGGAAAAACCUUAUCAGUGUCAUCAGUGUGGAAAUGCAUUUAGAAGGAAAUCAUAUCUUAUUGACCAUCAGAGAACUCACACAGGAGAGAAACCUUUUGUUUGUAAUGACUGUGGUAAGUCCUUCCGCCUAAAGACAGCCCUCACUGAUCAUCAGAGAACACACACAGGGGAGAAGUCAUAUGAAUGUCCACAGUGUAGGAAUGCCUUCAGAUUGAAGUCACACCUUAUUCGUCAUCAGAGAACUCACACAGGAGAAAAACCAUAUGAGUGUAAUGACUGUGGGAAGUCAUUCCGCCAAAAGACAACGCUCUCUCUACAUCAGAGAAUUCAUACUGGGGAGAAACCUUACAUUUGUAAAGAAUGUGGGAAGUCAUUUCAUCAGAAGGCAAAUCUCACUGUCCAUCAGAGGACUCAUACAGGAGAAAAGCCCUAUAUUUGUAAUGAAUGUGGAAAAUCCUUUUCCCAAAAAACAACUCUUGCUCUUCAUGAGAAAACUCAUAACGAGGAGAAGCCCUAUAUUUGUAAUGAAUGUGGGAAGUCCUUCCGCCAGAAAACAACUCUUGUGGCACAUCAAAGGACACACACGGGGGAGAAAUCUUAUGAAUGUCCUCAUUGUGGGAAGGCCUUUAGAAUGAAGUCAUACCUCAUUGAUCAUCACAGAACUCAUACAGGAGAAAAACCAUAUGAAUGUAAUGAAUGUGGGAAAUCAUUCAGUCAGAAAACAAAUCUCAAUUUACAUCAGAGAAUUCAUACCGGGGAGAAACCCUAUAUUUGUAAUCAGUGUGGGAAGUCCUUUCGCCAAAAAGCAACCCUCACGGUACAUCAGAAAAUACAUACAGGGCAGAAAUCCUAUGAAUGUCCUCAGUGUGGAAAAGCCUUUAGUAGAAAGUCCUAUCUCAUUCAUCAUCAAAGAACUCAUACAGGAGAGAAACCCUAUAAAUGUGAUGAAUGUGGGAAGUGCUUCCGCCAGAAGACAAAUCUCAUUGUACAUCAAAGAACUCACACAGGUGAGAAACCCUAUGUUUGUAAUGAGUGUGGCAAGCCCUUCAGUUAUAAAAGAAACCUCAUUGUCCAUCAGAGAACUCAUAAAGGAGAAAACAUGGAACUAUAAUAAAGGAAGGAAGUGAUUUCAUUGUGAAGUCUUUCUAAUCAUUGUAAACAUUAGUUUUGAAAAGCUUGCUUAAAUAUGUUAAUUUUAAUCAUGAAUGUAAUAAUAGUUAUUAAAGUUCCAU